UUUUAUUCUGGGGUGAUGAGGGGUUUAGAAAUUGUAUAAAUUUAAUAUUUUUAUUGAUAUUUUGAUUCGCGUAGUUAUCGAAAUAGAUUUUGAAUGACUUUGGUGAUAAGGUGAUAAAAGGAAACUAUGAAAGUAAAAUAUGAUUAAACGUAAUUUCGAAUGAUGAGAGAAGAAAAGUUUGGUUAUGUGAUGAAUCGUUUAGAAUGAAGUUUAACGUGUUGGCGCCAAGUGUCGCGCGUUUAACCUUAACUUAAAGUGUUAAGAGUAAUAUAUACCAAACUGACUGUGAAGAACAAGAACAAGAACAAGAAAAAGAAUAAGAAGAAAUAGAAGAAGAAAGUCUAGUUGAAACGUUGCAAGUAUUUUUACUGCUACUUUUGGUAGUGGUAGUAUUACUGAGUGCUGAUACUGAAACUAGAAAACUCGUUAUAGUAAUUCCCUAGUUGAGUAAAACGAAAAAAGAAAAGAAAAAAAAAAAAAAGAAAAAAAAGGAAAAAAGUGUCCCCAGAAUCUACGAACGAGUGGAAGAGAAACAAAGAGAAAAUUAGAAAGUUUAAGAGAGAGAGAGAGAGAGAGACAGAGACAGAGAGGAAAGUUUGAAAUCAAUAAGAACGAGAUAAUAUAUCUUAACGAUCAUGCGAGAUAAAUUUGCAUUUGGUUCGGGCGUACCGGACAUGCACGAGACUCUAUCUAACUUUCCGGAACAGUUUGGCGAUGGACCGAGAAAACCGGAAAUAAAGGCGGAAAUGUUAAAGGAAUCGGACAAAACAACGGAUAACAACUUAAAGUGCGGAUGGUUUUGGUUCAGGCCAAUUUAUUUGCAAAAAUUUCGUACAGCUAAAUGGGCAUUAUUUUGGUUGUGUUGGGCAGGUGCUAUGCAAGGUAUGGUCGUAAACGGAUUUGUUAAUGUAGUGAUAACAACUAUUGAAAGGAGAUUUGGACUUAGGUCAUCUCAAACCGGAUUGAUAGCAGGUGGAUAUGACAUUGCGAGUUUUCUUUUACUCGUACCUGUCAGUUAUUUAGGUGGUCGUUCUAAAGCAUCAAAACCAAGAUACAUCGGUGUUGGGGUUCUAGUCUUAGGUUUAGGAAGUUUAUUAUUUGCAUCCCCACAUUACCUAAUUGGCCCUUAUAGAGGUGGUCAACAAUCUGAAAACAUAUGUCAAAAAGCUAAUAAUGUUUCUACUCGUUCAUUUCAGGUAUCCUGCAGUGAUAUCAAUGGACAAGUUGAUGAUCAACAAGAACCUUAUAGCGGAAUGUACUUAAUUAUAUUUUUAGUUGCACAAUUAUUACAUGGUGCAGGUGCAGCACCCUUUUAUACACUUGGUGUAACUUAUUUGGAUGAAAAUGUAUCGAAAAAAAUGUCUUCUGUAUAUUUGGGUAUCUAUUACACAAUGGCUGUGAUAGGACCAGCAUUGGGAUACGUGAUUGGUGGUGAACUUUUAAAACUUUAUACUGAUUUUAUAAUCAUCGAUCCUACCACAAUUGGAUUAACUCCGGAUAGCAACGUUUGGGUAGGUGCAUGGUGGAUAGGUUUUCUGGCAGCUGCAGUUAUUUGCUUUGUUAUCGCGAUACCGCUUCUGGCGUUUCCUGCAGCGUUACCUGGUUCAGAAGAAUUGGCCAAAGAAAGGGUAUCAGAGGCACACGUUAAACCAAACAAAUCUACGUCAAGGGAACCCGGUGGUGAGGCAUUUUCGAAAAUACGCGAAUUACCACGCGCUAUGACAGAAUUGUUAACAAAUCCUGCAUUCUUCAUGUUGAACUUGGCCGGUGCCAGCGAGGGUUUGCUUAUAGCCGGUUUUGCUGCCUUCCUACCUAAACUGAUCGAAAAUCAAUUUAGCGUCAGCGCCAGUUCAGCCGCGUUAUUGAUGGGAUUGGUUACCGUACCCGCUGGCGGUGGUGGCACGUUUCUCGGUGGUUAUUUGAUAAAACGUUUAAAUUUGUCUUGUUCUGGUAUAUUGAAAUUUUGUUUAUUAUCAACUGCAGCGUGUAUUGUGUUUACCCUUUGUUUCGCAUUGAGCUGUCCUAAUUUGAAUUUUGCUGGACUCACUGUACCCUAUCAUGCUAUCACUAAAAAAUCGUUAUCUUUGGAAGAUAAUUGUAACGUUGCCUGCGGAUGUACCAGAUCGGAAUUUAAUCCUAUUUGUGGUAUCGAUGGUGUUACUUAUUAUUCACCCUGCCACGCUGGAUGUUAUCAAGAAAUAUUGAUGAACGACGUCAAAGUGUACGCAGAUUGUAGUUGCAUACAAUCUAGCAACAAAAAUUGGACGACUAAUAUAAACAACGAGAACAUCACAUACGAGGCUAUUAAUACAACCUGUACAAGCACGUGUUCUUAUUUAUGGUUAUUCGUGGUGUUAGCAUUUUGCAACAUGUUCGUUACGUUUCUUUGUACGAUGCCAGCGUUGUCGUCAACGUUAAGAGUCGUACGUGACGAUCAAAGAUCAUUUGCACUUGGUAUACAAUGGAUAAAGGUUAGAAUUUUAGGUACGAUACCAGCACCAAUGGUAUUUGGUACAUUAAUCGAUGAAACUUGCAUAUUAUGGCAAGAAAAUUGCGAUGGAAGAGGCGCAUGUCUCGUUUAUGACAAUUAUUACAUGAGCAGUUACAUGUUAGCAUUGGCAUUCAUUGGCAAAGCUGCAUCCCUGUUGUUCUUUUUCCUUGCAUGGUGGAGUUACAUACCACCGGUUAACAAAACCAUUGGUUCAAAUUCAUUACAAGAAAAUACUUCUGGUAUUAACAUAUCAUUAAUGCCAAAUGAUACUACGAACGAUCAUCAAAUGACUACACCAGCUACGAUUACUCCUAUGAUGGAUGCGUAGAUUCAUCGUUAUCAUAAUUCUAUUGAUAUAUCUAUGACAAAAAAAAAACAACAACAACAAACAAACAAAUAAAUCAAGAUGAAUAAUCGUACGAAGAGUAGGAGAAGAAGAACUGUGAAAGAGAAGAAAAAAAUUAUCGAAAAAAAAAAAAA